AUGGAUAGUCCGUUCUUCCCAACCAACCGCUGGUACCAGCAACCCGACCCGACUUACCGUCCAUUUCCCCCUUCCGUUCGCGGCGUACCCGUUUACCACGAGGAUCACCGGCCGGCGGAGAGGGCCUCAGGCCCGAGAGUUGUUCGGAUUCCCGUUCAAUUUGUAGGAUCCGAGCGAUUAGACCGGACGGGGUCGGCCGUGAAGAUUCAGAAGGUUUUCAGGGGCUUUUUGGUCAGGAAGAGUCUGAGGAAGAUCAAGGAUAUCAAAAUCGAGGUGGAUGAAAUCGAGGCGAGGCUGAAGAGAGGCGAAGUUGUCGAACUGGUGAAGAGGGAUGCCAAGGAGCGGUUGAGGAUGAACGAGAGUCUGAUGGCCCUGUUGCUCAAGCUUGAUUCGAUCUGCGGCGUGGAUUUCGGGGUCAGGGGGUGCCGGAAGGCUGUGAUUCGUAAGGCGAUCGCUUUACAAGAGAGGAUCGACGCCAUCGUCGCCGCUGAUUUGGAUGCGGAGGAGAAGGGCGAAAUUGUUGAUCUGGAGAAUGAAGCUAGGGUUACCGAGGAGAAUUGUGUACCUACUGUGGAUUUGGAGGAUUCGAGGGGUAUGGAAGUGGAGGGGGGCGAAGAUGAAGUUGGGAUUGUGGACGUUGGGGUUGUUAGAACCGGGUUGAAGAGUUUGGCCGGUGGGCGCAGAAGUCGUACUGGCGUGCUGAAGUUGCCAUGCAAAAGUCGUAAUGGCGUGCUUCUGUUUCCAGCUUCUGCUGCUGCUGCUGACAACUGUUGCUGGUGGGCUGGUGAUGGGCUUGGGAAUUAA